UUAUAAAUACAAAGACAGGACAGGGAGUCAGGGAGCAGGGAGCCCAGGACUCCUCAGCCCAGCUCUGCCUGCCCACUGGGAAGAUGAAGGUCUCCACAGCUGCCCUCUCCUUCCUCAUUCUUGCUGCUGCCCUUGGAUCCCAGGCCCGGGUCAUACAUGAUCUAGAGAAAAGUGAACUCCUGAGGGAAAGUUUUCCGACUCAGUCUCCUGAAGUCUUUCACUCUCCUGCUGAUUGCUGCUUCUCAUAUACUCCACGAAGAAUCCGGUGUACAUUCAUGAAAGGUUAUUUUGAAACGAGCAGUGAGUGCUCUCAGCCAGGUGUCAUCUUCCUCAACAAGAAGGGACAAUAUAUCUGUGCCAACCCCAAAGAUGAGAAAGUUCUGGAGUGCAUGGCAAACUUGAGCUUUAACUCACUGCCCAUGGAUCUGGGACAAUAAAACUUGAGGAAAAAGAACACAAGUUGCCAGCCGCCCCACCCCCCAACUCUCUCACCCCAACUACCUUCUGGGAGAUUCUUGGCCUGAAUUAUU